AUGUUGCAACAUAGGUUCGCAAAGGAGAUGGAUCACUCAAAGGCCAAUCACAUGAAUAGCCAUCUUUUAGAGGCACUUGGAGUUCAUAGCGGAGCAGCAACAAAGCUAUCGGGUGCACUUUCGAAGUGCAAGGAGUCCAAAGAUGACGAUUCAAAUCGUCUCUUGAUUUCCGAGUACCUGGCCAAAGAUUCCUCGGUGUCAAGCCCAGCUGUGGUUGAUUUCACUCGACUAACAGAAAAGGUGCGCAUUGCCAACGAACAACGGCAGCGAAACCCACCAGUAGAGGACCACGAAGAGCAUUCGAAGACAGGUCCAUCAGAGAAAAGACCAGCGACUGAAUCUUUGCUUCAGCCAGUUGAGAAGCGAGCAAACUAUGGAGCGGGGACUGUCAGCGUCCAUAGAUCACCAAACUACCUCCCUAAGUUGAGUAACCCAACGCUCGAUAGUAGAGACGAUUCAAGUCAGCGCACCUCGGCGACUAGUCGGACGCUGGGCGGGCAGACACUGGAGAGUGCGAACCCGGGGGUUCAGCAUGUUAUCAGUAGUAGCCAGACGCUGGGACUCGAGAGCAUACCGAGUCAGCAGCUCGUUGAGAGCAGGCAGAGCCUAAGAGGUGGGAUUUUGACGAAUCAAGAACACGGCAGAAAUAGCCAGCCGCCGAACAGCCCGCUCAGUCUUAGCAGAAACUCGGCAAGAGGUGCACGGGAGUUCACUGGGCUCCAGAGGCCGAUCCACAGCCACUGGAACAACACCAAUACGUACCACCCUGCUGAUUUCCAAAGGGGCGAGACCCCUCGGCCCAACGCCAACAAGCCCGCCCAACCGAUGGGGCGGAUCGAGCAAACGAGUUGUCUGCCUGAAAUGGCGGUGGAACAAAUGCGCACAUUUUCGAGACCAAAUAAUGGGGCGGUCCCGCGUCAUCCUUCAUAUCAGCAGAAUCAUAUGGUCCAGACUCAUAACCACCGAUUUGGGAAGAGAGACCAUGGUCUGCCUUAUAUGGCGGUAGAGCAGCACCAGCCCGAAGUGGUGGUCGGAGAGAGCUAUAGGCAUCCAAGGGAAUCCCGUGCCUUCUAUCCUAGGGACACACGACGCGAAGAGACGAACAAUGGUCUGCCUUAUAUGGCGGAGGAGCAGUAUAGUCGCUUCCCGGUCGCGAUACCUAAAGUCGACUCUGACGGUACAUUCAGCUGGAAAACCGACAUUUCAGCGCAACUAGGGACCGAGUUGGAGACUGCGUUUCAUGCCCACUUCAUGGGAGAUCGGAAGAAAGAGAAGCGGUGGGCUAGCUAUGAGCCUGGCAACACGGAUUGCGUCUUGACGCAUGUCAUUGGACGCGGAGGGAAUCAUUCCAGUUUCUCACAGCCAUUCACUGCGUGCGACAAGUGCUCUCGAGCGGAGCGACCGUGCGUCUUCCUCGUCAACCAGGGAGAGCGGACGGUACUGGGCUUCUACCGUGCCGAUCCGUCCAGCCGUGGUGGAUCUGCCGACGAUGCGGGCUUCUAUGUGCCUGUAAAGGCAGCAGCACAACGGCGAAACGGACUGUGA